CUUCACUUAACAACGCCGACCUCUAGUUGGCCCAGCAGCAGAAAGCUGUCGGCUCAACAAGGUCGCUCCGUCCAAUGAACGGUUCGAACUUUGUCGUCUGCUAAAUGUUCACGCGAUUCUGACAAGUAUUAAAGUGUGAGCAAUCAGUACUGUGCGAUAUCGUUCCUUAAGAGGAGUAGUAUACCCUGCAAAUUAGUCACCUUCAUACCUUCAUGCGAUACUUGUUGCUGAUUUAGCACCUGUAAAAUGUUAAUGAUUCGAAGAUACGCCUUAUGGCAAAAAAACUUUCGACAACUGAGUAAAUCCGUGCAUACGUCUUUCGUACAUCAAAAUAUACCGCUACCCAAGCGUGAGCCGUUUUGGAAAAGUCGUGGUCCAAUCAGCUGGAAAAAUGUUGGAAUCACUUUUGGAGUCGGCGGUUCUUUAUUAGUAUACAUAGCGUACUUGAAGGAUGCCAAAGACAGAAAGCUAGCAGCUGAGAGAAAACGUUCCAUCGGAAAGGCUUCUCUCGGCGGCUCAUUCGAGUUAGUCGAUCCAAACGGGCGAACGGUAAAGUCCCAGGACUUCUUGGGGGAGUGGGUAAUGAUUUAUUUUGGAUUUACGCAUUGCCCUGAUAUCUGUCCAGAUGAACUAGAAAAACUGGCUGCUGUUAUUAAUGAGCUAGAAACAAAUCAUCAAAAAAAAGUUCAGCCGAUAUUCAUUUCCGUCGACCCGGACAGAGACACUCCAGCAGUUGUAGGAAAAUAUGUCAGGGAAUUUUCAGAUAAAUUCAUUGGCCUUACCGGUUCAACUGAGCAAGUAGCAAAAGCUUGCAAAGCGUAUAGGGUGUACUUUAGCAGUGGGCCAAAAGACGAUGAUAAUGACUACAUUGUCGAUCACACCAUUAUCAUGUACUUAAUAGAUCCAGAGGGAUCAUUUGUUGAUUAUUACGGUCAGACUUUUAACGUUGAUCAAAUAUCGACGAGUAUUUUAUUCCACAUGGAGAAGUACGAGAAAUUGAAUAAACCGAGCUGGUUUGCAUCGUUGACUUCGAAACCUGAAGUUGCUCCAGCGUGAUGCUAUAACAUUUUAUAUUACGAAUCGUUCUGAACGUUUUGUAGUAGAUUUUUGUAAAUAAAGGAUAAAUUUCGAAAGAAA